GCCCCGGAAACGGAAGUGAGCGGCUUGGUCGGCGGACUACAGCAGGUUCAGAAAGCUGUUUCCAAGAUGAACUCCAGAGGCCUUGGGUCGCAGCUGAAGGACAGUAUUCCGGUUACAGAGCUCUCAGCCAGUGGGCCUUUCGAAAGUCAUGAUCUUCUCCGUAAAGGGUUUUCUUGUGUGAAAAAUGAACUUUUGCCCAGUCACCCUCUUGAAUUGUCAGAAAAAAAUUUCCAGCUCAACCAGGACAAGAUGAGCUUUUCCACCCUGAGGAACAUCCAGGGUCUGUUUGCUCCCCUGAAGUUACAGAUGGAGUUCAAGGCAGUGCAGCAGGUUCAGCGUCUUCCGUUUCUUCCGAGCUCAAACCUCUCACUUGAUAUUUUGAGGGGCAAUGAUGAGACCAUUGGUUUUGAGGAUAUUCUUAACGAUCCAUCACAAAGUGAACUGAUGGGCGAGCCGCACUUGAUGGUGGAACAUAAGCUGGGCUUGCUGUAGUACAGGGUGCUGUACUGGAGCGACCCGUUGCAGUCGGAUGCUCACAGCAUUGGAUCACUGAGAGGAUCACUGGGUCAUGGGAAAGUGUUUGGAGCUUGGUUUGGGGUUGUGAAUCAGUUGAAAGCCUAGAGGUGACUUCUAAGCUCUGAGGUUACAGCAAAGCCCAACUUCUGAAAAUGUGUUUGUUAUAAAUGUUACAAAUGCAAUAAAGUUACAAGGAGCCUC